AGACCGCAGAGAGAGAGAGAACGCGAGAGAGAGGAAGGAGGGGGGAGAAGCCAUGGAAGGCAACAGAGACGAAGCAGAAAAAUGUAUGAAUAUAGCGACGAAGGCCCUCGAAGCAGGAGACAAGGAGAAGGCUAUAAAGUUCCUGAACAAAGCGGAUAAAUUAUUCCCGACUGACAGGGCGAAAGCGUUGUUGGAGGCGUUGUUGAAGAAUGGAAGUUCGGCUGGUAAUGGAGGAGCGUACUGCAGAAAAUCAGCGAAUGGCACAGAGACGACGGCGACGCCUCCACCACAGCCGGGACAGGAAUCAACCAAUAACGACACGUCCAAGAGCUUCACAAAGGAGCAGGUGGAGGGAGUGCAGAGGAUAAAGAAGUGUAAGGACUACUACGAGGUCCUGGGCGUCAGUAAGGAUGCUAACGAGGAGGAGCUGAAGAAGGCCUACAGGAAGCUGGCGCUGAAGUUCCACCCAGAUAAAAACCACACUCCCGGAGCUACAGAGGCCUUCAAAAAGAUAGGGAACGCGUACGCAGUGCUGAGUAACGUGGAGAAGAGGAGGCAGUACGAUGUGAGCGGAGGAGAAGAACCCAGCAGCCCGGGACACAGCGGACACGGAGGGUUUGACUUCCACAGAGGGUUCGAGGCCGACAUCACACCAGAGGAUCUCUUCAACAUGUUCUUUGGGGGCGGCUUCCCCUCCUCGAGUACGUUUGCUAACGGUCGGGAUCGAUACACUCAGCAGACGGAGCAGAUGAGGAGGGAGAGAGAAGAAAGAGGAGAUGGAGGCUUCUCCAUGUUUAUUCAGCUGAUGCCGAUCGUGGUGUUGAUCGUGGUGUCUGUUCUCAGUCAGCUGAUGGUUUCCACUCCUCCAUACAGUCUCUACUCCAGACCAUCAACAGGUCAGACGGUAAAGAGACAGACGGAGAACCUGCACGUGGAUUACUACGUCACCCGGGACUUCAAAUCGGAGUAUAAAGGCUCAGCGGUGCAGAAGAUUGAGAAGAGCGUGGAGGAGGAUUACGUGUCUAACAUACGCAACAACUGCUGGAAGGAGCGACAGACGAAAACAGACCUGCUGUAUGCCGCUAAAGUGUACCGAGACGAUCGUCUGCGCAGGAAGGCCGAGCUCAUGACCAUGGACAACUGUAAAGAGCUGGACAGACUAAACGAGCUGUUCCGCGGAGGAUGAGCUUCACUCUGCACGGACUCUUUAGCACAUAGAUCCCACAGAAUAUAUAAUGUAUAUGUCACAUGUAAAUGUGUUUUUGUUUUUUUCUAAGGAAAGAAAUCGGGACGCUAGGAGAGAAAACACGUACUAAAAAAAUGUAACGUCUAAUGUACUGUGAGAGCUAUUUUACUUUCAAACUUCAUCAUCAGCAUCAUCACCAUGAUUCCUGGCUGCUUACUGCUGAAGUCCUUACGCCAUUUUUACCACUGAAGAAGAAGGAGGACAGACCGAAUCCCUAACCUUCCUCAUCUCUCUUUUUCUCUGCUGCUUCGUCCUUCGUGUUCCUGACCUCACCUUAGACUUCCUAAAGACUUUUGAAGCUCAUCAGGGAGACCUAGCUCAUCUCCUACAAUCCUUAGCACUAGCAGCAGCAGCUAUAGUGAGUUGUAAACUUGAAUAAAAAUACUUAGCUCCUUCUCUGUAGCCCACACCGGCGCUCCACCAUCUCGAGCAGUACCCACAGGAAAUGGUUUGAGCUGAGAGUUUUCCUCCCUGAUGGCGCGUUUCUGCUGGAUGGACCACGAGCCAUUUUAAUCCACAUUAUUGUACAUUUUAUUUCCGAAUGUUAUUUCUGAAGCUAUUUAAGUCCAAAUGUUUCUUCAUUGCUCGACUAAUCAUUUGAAUAAAGUUUAAAUUAUUACCGAUGGACCGGA